AGCGACAUGUCAUCAGUGGAGCCCCAACGGGAACCUUUGCCCCAGUCGGAUCCGUCGCCGUCACCCAACUCAUGCAGUUCCUUUGAGCUCUUAGACAUGGAUGCUGGCAGCCUGUACGAGCCGGUCGCUCCUCACUGGUUCUACUGUAAGAUCGUGGAUGCGAAGGAGACGUGGAUCCCGUUCAACGCCGAGGAUUCGCAGCAGCUGGAGGAGGCGUAUGGCUCCGGAAAAGAUUGCAAUGGGAGAGUCGUCCCUACUGACGGGGGCAGGUAUGACGUCCAUCUGGGGGAGAGGAUGCGGUAUGCCGUGUACUGGGACGAGCUCGCAUCGGAAGUGAGACGGUGCACCUGGUUUUACAAGGGAGACAAGGAUAAUAAGUAUGUCCCCUACUCGGAGAGCUUCAGCCAAGUACUAGAGGAAACUUACAUGCUUGCUGUAACUCUGGAUGAAUGGAAAAAGAAAAUAGAAUCUCCCAAUAGGGAAAUUAUUAUAUUACACAAUCCAAAGCUUAUGGUGCAUUACCAGCCAGUUGCAAGCUCUGAUGAAUGGGGCUCGACACCCACGGAGCAGGGGCGACCAAGAACAGUGAAGAGAGGAGUUGAAAACAUCUCUGUGGACAUUCAUUGUGGCGAGCCUUUACAGAUAGAUCACUUGGUCUUUGUGGUCCACGGCAUCGGGCCAGCUUGUGAUCUCCGCUUCAGAAGCAUCGUUCAGUGUGUUAAUGACUUUCGCAGUGUUUCUUUGAACUUGCUGCAGACACAUUUUAAGAAAGCUCAGGAAAAUCAGCAGAUUGGGAGGGUAGAAUUUCUUCCAGUCAACUGGCAUAGUCCUUUACAUUCUACUGGAGUGGAUGUAGAUCUGCAGCGGAUAACCCUGCCCAGCAUUAACCGCCUAAGGCACUUCACGAAUGACACUAUUCUGGACGUCUUCUUCUACAAUAGCCCCACCUACUGUCAGACUAUUGUGAACACAGUUGCUUCGGAAAUGAACCGAAUAUAUACGCUUUUUCUGCAGAGGAACCCUGAUUUCAAAGGGGGUGUAUCCAUUGCUGGUCAUAGUUUAGGUUCGCUUAUAUUGUUUGAUAUUCUAACAAAUCAGAAAGAUUCUUUGGGGAAUAUUGACAGUGAAAAGGAUUCUCUGGAUGUCGUACCGGAUCAUGGAGACACGCUGACACUAGAGGAAGAUUUGAAGAAACUUCAGCUCUCUGAAUUUUAUAGUGUCUUUGAGAAGGAGAAAGUAGAUAAGGAAGCUCUGGCCUUGUGUUCAGAAAAGGAUCUGCAGGAGAUGGGGAUACCCUUAGGACCAAGAAAGAAGAUACUAAACUAUUUUAGGACCAGAAAAGACUCAGUGGGUAUCAAUAGAGCGGUCCCACCACUAACUUCAGGGAUGAAUUCGUCUGACGUCCCCAGAGACGCAGAGUGCUGCCAAGGAAUUGAUGAUACUGGAAACGAAUAUCUGGACGUUGGCAUAGGACAGGUGUCUGUAAAGUACCCUCGGCUCAUAUAUAAACCUGAAAUAUUCUUUGCCUUUGGAUCUCCCAUUGGGAUGUUCCUGACUGUUCGAGGACUAAAAAGAAUUGAUCCCAGCUACAAAUUUCCAACAUGCAAAGGUUUCUUCAAUAUUUAUCAUCCUUUUGAUCCUGUGGCCUACAGGAUUGAACCAAUGGUGGUCCCAGGAAUGGAAUUUGAGCCAAUGCUGAUCCCGCAUCAUAAAGGCAGAAAGCGAAUGCACUUAGAACUCAGAGAGGGCUUGACCAGGAUGAGUAUGGACUUUAAGAACAACCUUCUAGGCUCACUACGUAUGGCCUGGAAAUCUUUCACCAGAACGCCAGACCCCGCCUUACCAGCGGCAGAAGCUGCAGAAGAAACUGAAGUAGAAUCUGAAUCAAGUUCAGAGAAGCCUAACGAAGAUGGCGCAGAAGAGGCCGCUGCCAAGGAGGAAGAGCCGCCCAUCAACGUGGGGCUGUUGAACGGGGGCCAGCGCAUCGACUACGUGCUCCAGGAGAAGCCCAUCGAGAGCUUCAACGAGUACUUAUUCGCUCUGCAGAGUCACCUGUGCUACUGGGAAUCUGAAGAUACAGUUUUGUUGGUCCUCAAAGAAAUCUACCAGACCCAGGGUAUCUUCCUUGAUCAGCCUUUACAGUAAAAAUGGACCGUCCAUAGCUGCUUAACGUAAGUUUUAAACGCUCCGUCCCCAGAAAAUCGACCUAUUCGUUGCUGCCAUUUCCCUCACCUCAGCUGCAUCGUUCUGCAUGUUGCCUGUCCCAUUCAGCACUGGGUUUUGGGAAGAAGAUCUUCCUUCGGAAGCGAGUGGAAAAGCAAUAGGAAGACCCUAUUACUUUUUAUUGAUGGCUUUAUAGAAAAACAUUAUUUUUUUUCCAUAGCCAGGGAUGGUUUACAUCUUUAAUUCUUUGAUGGUGAUCAGUAGGUACCAAGUGCCGCAGCUUACCACUUGAGAAGGUAAAGUCUGUUUUGCUUGGAUUUGCCUUAGACUGGGUAGAAAUCCUCAUAGAUAGAAAUAUUUGUUUUAUAAAAAACCUAGUUUGGAAGCAGACUCGAGAGGUUUCCGAAGGAAUUUUGGAGUAUAUUCAUCUCAUUGUUGUUCUGUGCAUUUCAAAACCAAGUCUGAGUGGAUAUGGAAAGGACUGUCGAGUAGGGAAAUUUUAAAAUCAUUUUCCUCCACAUACACAGAAAUGAACAGACUAAAGUGAAGCUCAGAGAGCACUGUUUACUCUCUGCCUUCAACAAGCAGAUUUCCUGCUAGCAAGUACUAAUGCUGCUCCUCCUUUUAAAGCUAUUUCAGUUGCUCUGAAGCUAAAGGGUAUAAUUUAGUUCAUAUUAACUGAGUUUUUAUAAAGCAGAGGUGUUGUAUACCAAGACUCCAGCUGAAUCUGACUUUCGUUUUGGUUCCACACCUGGUGAUACUUGGGGCUGCUCCUGGCCCUGUGCUUGGGAGACCAUGCAGUGCUGGGGAAUCAAACCCGGGUCUCAGACCACCGAGUGCUCUCUCCGGCCUAGUAGCUUCCGUUAUUGAGGGUAAAGGUAUAAAACUGAAAACUUGAACCGACAGUCUUGACAGACUGGGUUAUACAUAAACCCUUUGGUGUCCUGUCGUCUGCCUCAUCCCCCUGUGUGAGGGGCACUGAUGUCUGCAGAAUCGGUGGGGCUUAGUGGUAGAGCACCUGCCUUACACACGUGAGGUCCUGGGUUCCACUGUCUUUUAGAUACCAAUAAACUAGACUGCUUACUUAAAAGGUUCAUGACACAGGUAGGUUUGAUGUGGGGCAAACUUUUUAUUUGGAAAGAAAACCCGUUUCCCUGAGGUCCAAGGAGCGAUUUUGCAAAGCCACUGUUAGGUCGCGCAAGCUGAAAUCUUGGAAAGAACAGUGAACGUAGAGUCAUUUCUUUCGUGGCAUCUGCUCAGGUACAGGCAUGUUUUUCCUCAGUGGUCAGAAUUCCCUGUGAUGUUUUCACUCUUUUCAUGCUUCCACCAGCCCAUGAGGCGGAAGCAGGCAAGCUGUGUUUUGUUUUUUGUGAGUUUUUUUGUAAAUCAUUAUGUAUCAUGGCAUCCAAAGCACUGGCAUUUUUCUUAUUUUCUUAAGCCAUCCCUUAGACAGCAGUGGUCUUUGUUCCUUUUUGAGAAGAAAAGGAAAGAGAAGGAAGUUAAUUACUGUCACUCUAGAGCUGGCCUAGGUGAUUCAGUAUAGAUCACAGCCCUGUCCUUUCCUUACCAACAUUCAUAUACUAAUGCUGACUAAGCCAGAAAGACAUUUCGAAUAUUGGGAAUACUUUGUUAUAGAAAUUCUGGUUUGAAAUAAGAAAAUUAAGGAACAAUUAGUAUGUUAAAGGGGAAGCUUUUGUUAAGUUUUCAAAUUCUUAAUUUUAUUCUUUAUGUUAGCAUUCUAUUUACUGUAAGUAAACAAACCAAAGGACUAGAAUGAGUCCCUGAAACCAAAGAUGAAGAGCAUAACUCUGGAUAGCUAAAUAAACCACAUUUGUAUUAAAUGUUUCUUUUACUGGUGGUGAGGGGCAGGUAACUGGAAAAAAAAAGGAGAAAAAGUGAAAAGCUUUAUAUCCCAUCUAUCUGAUAUUAUCAUGGUUGUAUAUUACUUAGGGCAAGAAGCUUGCUUUAAAUUAUUUCGUUGUAUAUUAUUUGCACUACUCAGUUGUAUCAUGUGCAAUCUCUUGACCAAGCGGACUUAAACAUUUUGGUAGAGCAUAACUUUAUGCAGACUCCCUGCUAUGGAACUGGUACUGCUUAUCUCAGCAAGAGACUGUUUGCAUGGAAAGAGUAAACAGCACUGAUUAGCUUUCUAAUAUUUCGCACUUUUUGAAAUGUUUGUUUUUUACGUGAUUAUAUUUAAAGUUUAGUAAAUACUGAAAUAAAAUCUUAUUGACCA